AUGCUGCUGAGCCGGGCCACCUCCACCCCCUUUUCUGUCAGUUACAUCCUGCAGCUGGAGGGCGAGCAAAGCGGCCCGGCGGUUUCGCCACACCGGGGAGUGCGGAGGAACCCCGACAACUCUCUGUACCUGCGAAUGGCCCCAGAACCGCGAGGGUCAGAUGAUCACCACACCGCUAGUGGCAGCGGCAGCGGCGACAGAAGGCAAGACCUAUCAGAGCCUCCUGGGAAUCCCUGUGAGGCGGACAUGGAGAUGCAAGCGGAACGGGCGAGGGAGUCACAGCUGGGCCUGAGCCGGGCCUCGCCCCUCCGCGGCGGGGCCGGGAUGUCGGGGCCCGGCGUCGGCAACAGCGGCGACAGCACGCGCGGGGGCGGCACGGAGCAGCCCAGGGCGCGCCCUGAUCCCCCGGCCCGCAAGGAUGGCCCAGAGGAAGGUGCGGUCCAGGAGUCUGGGCGUCUGUCCCAGAGCUUGGGUCUGUCUAAGGGGCCUGCAACUGCAAAGACGGAAGGCUCAAGGAGCUGCGCUCGGCGGGGACCUGAAUCUGCUCGGCCCCGCCCCUCCGCCUUCGGGAUGCUGCUGAGCCGGGCCACCUCCACCCCCUUUUCUGUCAGUUACAUCCUGCAGCUGGAGGGCGAGCAAAGCGGCCCGGCGGUUUCGCCACACCGGGGAGUGCGGAGGAACCCCGACAACUCUCUGUACCUGCGAAUGGCCCCAGAACCGCGAGGGUCAGAUGAUCACCACACCGCUAGUGGCAGCGGCAGCGGCGACAGAAGGCAAGACCUAUCAGAGCCUCCUGGGAAUCCCUGUGAGGCGGACAUGGAGAUGCAAGCGGAACGGGCGAGGGAGUCACGAGCCUGGAGAUCAUUAAACUUUGCUGUGUUCGCGAAGAAGCUGGUGAGUUUUCUGCAGCGGACUCUGAACGCUAAACUCCCUCUGCGCUGCUCCGCCAACUGGGCGUUCACUUCGGCUUUGCUGAGAAAGGGUCGCGCUCUUCCGACUACAGCUGUCGCUUCACAGCCGUCGCUUCACAGCCGAAGAGCUGGGCCUGAGCCGGGCCUCGCCCCUCCGCGGCGGGGCCGGGAUGUCGGGGCCCGGCGUCGGCAACAGCGGCGACAGCACCGGUACCUGUCGGCGCCCGAGCGCGAGCACCUGGCCAGCGCGCUGCAGCUCACGUCCACGCAAGUCAAGAUCUGGUUCCAGAACCGGCGCUACAAGUGCAAGAGGCAGCGCCAGGACAAGUCUCUGGAACUGGCCGGCCACCCUCUAGCGCCGCGCCGGGUGGCGGUGCCAGUGCUGGUGCGCGACGGCAAGCCCUGCCUGGGCCCCAGCGCGCCCGCCUUCCCUGGCCCCUACGGAGCGCCGGCGACCCCCUAUUCCUGCUACGGCGGCUACUCGAGCGCCCCCUACGGCGCGGGCUACGGCAGCGGCUACUCAGGCGUGACCCCGGGCCCAGUGCCACCCACACCCCUGGCAGGAGCAGGCUUCGGCCACAGCGGCCCGAGCGCCACCCCGCAGAGCCAUCUGCCUGCCACAAUGCAGGGCGUCAGGGCCUGGUGA